GCGAGUAAAUGAGUAAGAUGCUGCAGAACAGGAAGUUCGUAUCUAAAAACCUGCGUUGUUGAUCCACGGCAUGGAAACUCAGUAGUGCUCGUCUUAGUGGCGACGUUCAGGUCUUUACGCACUUUGCCCGGUUUAUCAAUGAGACGUAAUGACGUGAUAUAGUUGAGCUUCUGACUGACCCACAGACAAUAACUGCUCUUUCCAGGAAAAUUAGCCAAAAAAAAAAAAAACGGGACUCUUUUUUUCUUUUAGAGUGCAGAGUGAGUCAUGUGACUCACCGCCGAAAGAGCAGCGAGAAUGAAUUUCAUUCACUAGGCCCCUGUGUGCGUCACAGUGUCCUGUAAUCAGUCUGAGAGAGAAAGGCAUCAUUAACACGAAGCCACUGGACACUUCGGACAGACAGACAAAGAGCCUGUUUUCACUGUGGAGGAAGUUUGGAGUUCUGGAAACCUCCACUACAACAAAGAGUCAUGCAUUUAAAACUGUGUUCCUUCAGCUGUGUUUCUGCUCCAUACACUAUCCAUCAUGGAAGCACCUCUGCUUCCCUGUGAGUCUGGCCAGUUCAUAGCACAGUUGAGUCGUGAUGUGUUCGUGGAGGAGGAAGGAGUACAGAAGGUGGCAGAGAUGCUCUACGCUCUCCGACACAGUGACAGUCUGACUGCCAGUGGCUGGAAGAAUGCAAAUCCAUUGGCCCCAGCACCCACUUCUGACCAGGCCUUGAACUGGGUGUUUGUGGUGGACACCAUGAACUUCUCCUUUUGGCCAGAGAACAAAACUCAGCAGUGCGAGGUGACCUAUAAAGGGACCACGCACACAGGCUACAUGACGCUGUGUGCUGCCAUCACAAGGGCCAUGGAAGAAGGUAUACCCAUCACUGAUCCAAAGUACUUCUCUCAGAUGAGCGUGGAGGAGUUGGGACAUGUCCUUCGAUCAGACAAUGAAACGCCCAUGCCGAUGCUUCAGGAGCGCCACAAGGUGCUGACUGAAGGCGGCCGCGUGUUGCUGGAACAUGGCGGAAGCUUCCGCAGUUUUAUCAGCCGAGCUGGGAACGAUGCCCGGAAGAUGGUGGAGCUCAUCGUGGAGGAGAUCCCUUCAUACAGGGACGAAGCUAUGUAUGAGGGGAAGAGAAUCUCAUUCUACAAGCGAGCCCAGAUCCUGGUGGCAGAUUUCUGGGGUGUCAUGGAGGCCAGAGGAGAGGGAGACAUCAUUAACAUGGACUGGCUCACUAUGUUUGCAGACUACAGGGUCCCACAGGCUCUCGUCUACCUCGGAGUACUACGAUACUCUGACACACUGAUGCAGAUGCUGAAGAACGGCGAGCUGCUGUGUUCAGGGGACAGGAGAGAGGUUGAGAUCCGAGGUUGUUCGAUUUGGUCUGUGGAGCUGAUCAAAGAGCAACUUCACAAGCUGGUGCAGGAGAGAGAGGGACAGACAUGUAACAUCAACUCCGCAAUCAUAGACUUCUACCUGUGGCCUUACGCCAAGCAGCACCACAAAGAGAUGGCCCACAUUCCCAUACACCAAACACGCUGUAUUUACUACUGAUGAGCUGGCUGGCAGCGUUACAUACAGUAGGUUGCACUUCUCAGUGCUCAGCCCUGGCACCGGUGCCUUUCCCUGGGACAGAAGCCAAACAUGUCCCUGUGCCAGAUACUGUAUGGACUCACAGGUGUGGGGCUUUAAUGUAGCUUGUUUCGUCUGUGUGGGUAGAAGCACUGUUGACCAUUUACAGUCAAUUAAAAUGUUCACUGUUGAUACGAUGGAACAUUUUCAAACAAACUUUUUGCUGUAACAGAGAGUAAGUGAUCAUACGCUCCAUGUGAACAUACACUGCAUAUCGGCAGCAAUUUGAACUGACACCCAAACAGUGAAAAUAAAAUAUUUUGGUUAGA